ACUUCUUCAAGAUGUGAAUGAACGAGGAUUGAAAAGAAUCUCUGAGAAACUUAAACUCCAGAAGUAUACAAAGUCAAAGCGGGGCCAGUCAAAGCCUAUUAUUAAAGAGCAGGAAUCGCUUAAAAUGAUAUUCAUCGUUGAUGGAGUUGCAAGUAUUGAAAAGAGAUAUUGUCUCACUCGUUGGGAGAUAAAAGCAGGAGAAUUCUAUGGGGAUGAGCUCCUAACAUCGGCCAUCAGCCCCAGCAACCGAGUCCGUUAUUCCCAAAACUGAAGUUCAAGCCCUGAUUCUUGAGGCCGAAGCUUGGCAGAGUGUGGUGUCUGAGAACAAGCUGCAUAUUAGCAAAGAGAUCACUAUUUCGUCAAAAUAUGACAUCAACCUUUUGUCCAUGCUAAAGAGUGUGCCAGAACUAGAAAAGUAUGAUGAAAAUUUUCUGAAGGCAAUCAGUGAGGUCCUUCGGCGAGAGAGCUAUGACGUCAUCGGGUCGCAAAUUAUUACAGAGAACGACGAACUGAUGAACAAGAUGUUUUUGGUCACGCGUGGGGAAGUAGGUGUAACAAGGCCUGGUAAAAGGAACAGGAGACUGUAUAAGGUUGGAGCGCUCUACGGAGAAGAACUUCUAGAUUGGGCGUUGGAUGUGUUGCAUACGGGAACGGCGUCUUCUCUCCCCUUAUCGGCCGGUACUGCUUCGUCGACCAAAGCUGAAGUUGACGUCCUCGUUCUCUACGCCACGGAAUUGGAGAAGAAGAUGAAGGAGUUAGCUGCUACUGAUUCUGAGUCGGAGGAUUAAAUGACCAAUGAAAUAUCGCACUCAAAUACUCAACUAUGAUAUAUGCAAUAAGUUGUUUUCUCUUGAUGACUGGAAUGAAGUUGAGUGACAUACUUCUUCACUUUUUAUUCUUCAUAGUUAUA